UCUGCCUGGCGCCGCAGCAAAGGUGCGUGCGACUGCGUCGUCGCUGCCGACGCUGCCUGCGCUGCGUCUCCUUCGCUUCCUUUUCCUUCCUCGUCGGCGCUGCUACUUGCGUCUGCCGCCUUUGUCUCUACUGGUACUUUACACCGUCUCCGCCUUUCGAUUCUGACCUGAGCUUUUCGUCUCCAGUCUAGUGUUGUAGCACGUCAAGCAAAGCAAGCUGCAAGCCAUCCCAUCCCAUCCAUCGGCGUACACACACACACACACACAUAAACAUGGCGCAUGACGAGCAAGCAGGCCUAGCGUACGCGGACUACUUCGCGGCGGCGGCGGCCGCCGGCGCCGUGGCGACGCUCGUGCCGGAGGUGGACGACGACGCCGUCGCCGGGGCCGGGGAGGAGGAGGAGGAUCUUCACCUCUACGGCGUGCACCACCAGCAUGGGGUCGAGUUGUUCGGGCCCAGCAGGGGCCACAUGCUGCCUGCCGCGACGAUGAUGGCCGGCGGCCACGCUGCCGCUGCGGCGCACGGCAAGGCCGCCGCGCUCGGUCUCGUCGACGUCGACGUCGCUUCUCCCGUCGUCGGCGGGCACGACUUUGGCGACCACCACCACCGGCAGCAGGGUCUCCAGGCGCCGCUGUCGCUGGCGCUGCACCACCACCACCACCAGCAGCAGCUCGGCGGCGGCGGCGUGCCACGGCAUAACCAGCUGUCGGCGGCGUGGCCAGGCCCACAGCAGCAGCAGGGGCAGGGCGCGGCGUGGCACCUCCGUGGCUCCAGAUUCCUGCGCCCGACGCAGCAGCUCCUGCAAGAAUUCUGCACCCUUCCCGUCGACACCACCACCACAGCUGCUGCUUCCAAGCAGCCAGCCAGCGAGGACGGCGUCGGCGUCGGCUCCUCGACCUCGGCCCCGUCGGCGCAGAUCCAUGCCAUGAGUGCGUCCGAGCUGCAGAGGCUCAAGGCCAAGCUCUACGCCAUGCUCCAAGAGGUGGAGAGGAGAUACCGGAGGUACCGGGAGCAGAUGAGGGCGGUGGCGGGGUCCUUCGAGGCGGUGGCCGGAGAGCAGGCGGCGGUGGCGUACACGAGGCUGGCGUCGCGGACCAUAUCCAAGCACUUCCGGAGCCUGAGGGAUGGCGUGGCGGCGCAGAUGCAGGUGGUGCGCCGGGCGCUCGGCGAGAAGGACGCGGACGGCGGUGUUCCGGCGGCCGGCGGGAUGGUCAAGGGGGAGACGACGCCCAGGCUGCGGGUCAUCGACCAGUGUCUGAGGCAGCACAGGGCGUACCAGGCCGGCGUGCUCGAGAGCCAGCCGUGGAGGCCGCAGCGCGGGCUGCCGGAGCGCGCCGUCUCCAUCCUCCGGGCCUGGCUGUUCGAGCACUUCUUGCACCCGUAUCCAAGCGACGUGGAUAAGCACAUCCUGGCGCGCCAGACGGGCCUAUCACGCAGCCAAGUCUCCAACUGGUUCAUCAACGCGAGGGUCAGGCUGUGGAAGCCGAUGGUGGAGGAGAUGUACUCGGAGGAGAUGAAGGACCCGCAGGAGGGCGGCGGCGGCGCCGCCUGCAGCAACGCGAACAACAACAGCGUGAACACUAGCAGCUACACGUCCGAGCUAGGGCAGCAGCAGCUGGGGCACGGGGGUGGCGCCAGUGGCGUGGACGGCCGCGGCGGCGAGCGGAAGCCGACGCGGGCGCAGCUGCUGGUCCACGACGCCGGGUCGCUAGCGUCGGUCGUCAGUAUUGGAAGCAGCAGCAGGGACCAGCAGCAGCAGAUGAGCAGCAUCAAUUUUGGCAUGAUGGACCACCUCGACUUCGACGCGUACAAUGACGACCCCACCGCGGCCGGCCCCGGCGGGCCAGCCGGUGGGUUCGGUGCCGGUGGUUCCGGCGGCGUGUCGCUCACGCUCGGGCUGCAGCAUCAGCACGCCGACGACCCGCACGGCGGCGUGAACAUCGCGUUCGCCGGCGCCGCUCCGUCGGCGGCGCACGAGUUCCUGUUCAUGGCAGGCGGCGGCGAGCAGCAGAUGGUCGCGGGUGGCGCCGUGCACCCGUCCCACGGACACGGACACGGUCACCACGGUCAGUUCUCGGCCGCCGGCAUGCAAGGCGACGGCGUGCCCUCCUCGCACUACCACCGGGGCCUCAGCGCCGCCACCGGGUUCCAGCUCCUCCACGACCUGGCUGGCUGAUCGCAUUAGCAUGGCAAAGGGACGGACCGCGAUGGUCAGAGCCGAACGAGUGCUUUAAUUUGCUUUGGAGCUUCACGCGGCCGCUUGACGGGGAUGUGCCAACGGCAGCAGCUAGCGGAUGGCAUUGGCAUGGGCGCAUGGCGCUCGCGCAGCUUGUGCGCUUUGGAUUUUUGUAGGGUUUUAGAUUCCUCUCCCUUCAAUUCUUGGCAGGGUCUCUGCUGUCUAUAUGUGUAAUCAGUGUGUAUCGCUUCGGUGCUAGCUCGGACUCGCCUGAUUCCCUUACUGUUGCACGCUCGCGCCAACACAAAAAACUUUCUAAAAUUUAGUAUUAAGUCAUCAUUUAAAAAAAUAUUUGAGUACAAAUCGUUUUUUAUA